GAAUCCUUAAAAAGGAAGUUGAAUUACCUUGAUUGUUUGGUGGCGAAAAAACGUGUAUAGAUCUCGAAAAUAUAUAUAUAUAUAUAUAUUUUUAAAAAUUAUUUUUUUUUCCUUUUUCUUUAGACUAUGUUGGCUACUUCAGAACCAAACCAAGAUCUUAUUCGAUUAAACAGCACUACUUCACCACUCUUUGGAAGCAACCAUGUCAGUAUUUUAUCACAAUUUACAAGUUGGGCAAGAAUAUGGAUGGCCUCUGUUCAUGUUGCAAAUUCCGUCCCUCAUAAAACAAAGGUGGAACCUUUUUGUUCAGACAAGGAACGAACAGAAUCUCGAUCACUCGAAUGUAUAUCAGACGAGCAAUUGGCUCACUUGUAUCGUAUUACAUGUCAUAAACUAACAAGACCACAUAAACACAUGGAUCAUGCAACAAAACUAAAUAAAUUGGGCGACAUUAUUGCAGUGCGAGCAUUCUGGGAUAACCUGGAACGUGCUGUUUAUCAAGAAAUAAGCGCAACAAGCAAUUACGUCCCUCCUUCAAAAAGAAUACCAUUGCAUCCAGAUAAGCCUGGAUCAUUUUUCUUACCUAAGAGAUCAAAGCGAUACAUUGUCAAUCGAGUUCAUAACAGCUUAUUCCUACCGAAACGAAAAUCAUUUGAAUCAACUACCAUUGUCUAUACACUCACAACAGAAUCAAGAGUCCAGUUGUUGCCAGUCAAGUUCAAUAUACAGGAAGAAGAUGCAGAUGACAAUGUGCCACUCGGAGCUUUACUUUUAGCUAAGCCCAAACAAACAAUAAAAAAUAAACCGAUCACCCUAAACUUUAUGCAAGUUUAUCUGACAACACAAGCAUAUUUCUGUUUAAAAAUCCGGCCCGAUAAGGAAACCACAAGCCUAUACUUGUACCACAUAAGGAUGUGUUUAUUAUAUAUGAUAGAAAAAAAAAGAGAUGGGGAGAGAAAUGAAGUAUCUACAUAAUGACAAAAUAAAGAAACGGGGAGGGGGGGUAUUUAGUUGUGUGAUCUCUCUAUCGUCAUGUCUGUAGCACCAGAAUCUGUAAGUGCUCUAAAACAGCUGACAAGAA